AGCCGACCGCGCCGCCGCUGGAGUCGCGCCGCCGGGCCUGAGGGCGGGCAAGAGGGAGCAGGCGGGCAGGGAGGGCGCCGCCACCCGCUUGGCGUCCGGGCUCCGGCCGCGCUGCUCCCGUGCCGCCUGCGCCGCGAUGAAGCGCCCUUGUGAGGAGACGACCUCCGAGAGCGACAUGGACGAGACCAUAGACGUGGGGAGCGAGAACAAUUACUCGGGGCAAAGUUCUAGCUCUGUGAUUAGAUCAAAUUCUCCAACAACAACAUCUCAGAUUAUGGCAAGAAAAAAAAGGAGAGGGAUUAUAGAGAAAAGGCGUCGGGAUCGGAUAAAUAACAGUUUAUCAGAGCUGAGACGACUAGUGCCAACUGCGUUUGAAAAACAAGGAUCUGCAAAAUUAGAAAAAGCUGAAAUAUUACAAAUGACAGUGGAUCAUUUGAAGAUGCUUCAAGCAACAGGAGGUAAAGGCUACUUCGAUGCACAUGCUCUUGCUAUGGACUUCAUGAGCAUUGGGUUCCGAGAGUGCUUGACGGAAGUGGCGCGGUACCUGAGCUCGGUGGAGGGCCUGGACUCCUCGGAUCCACUGCGCGUGCGCCUCGUCUCUCAUCUCAGCACGUGCGCCUCCCAGCGGGAGGCGGUGGCACUGACGUCCUCCAUGGCCCACCACCAUCACCCCUUGCAUCCGCAUCACUGGGCGGCGGCCUUCCACCAUCUUCCCGCCGCCCUGCUCCAGCCAAACGGACUCCACGCCUCGGAGUCAUCUCCUUGUCGCCUUUCCACAGCCUCAGAAGUGCCUCCUGCCCACGGCUCGGCUCUCCUCACGGCCACCUUUGCCCACGCGGAUUCUGCCCUUCGAAUGCCAGCGACGGGCAGUGUCGCCCCUUGCGUGCCGCCUCUCUCCACCUCUCUCUUGUCCCUCUCGGCCACCGUCCACGCCGCUGCCGCCGCGGCCACCGCAGCUGCGCAUAGCUUCCCUCUGUCCUUCGCGGGGGCUUUUCCUGUGCUUCCCCCAAACGCAGCUGCUGCAGUGGCAGCCGCGACAGCCAUCAGCCCACCUUUGUCGGUAUCAGCGACGUCCAGUCCUCAGCAGACAGGCGGUGGCACAAACAAUAAAUCUUACCGACCCUGGGGGACAGAAGUUGGGGCUUUUUAAGUUUCCAAGGAAGCUUUUCACUGAACUUCUUGCAAUAGGAACCGAAUGUCCAUCAUUUCCGAGUCAGCCUAAAACCUUUGCACCCUGAAGGUAGCCAUACAGAUGCCUACAAAGAAAUAAUAAAGCUCUUUGAGACACCUCACAAGUGGAAAUGUGGUAUUAUCUUUUUUCUUUUUCUUUUUUUUUAAAAGGCGACUUGCAAAUUGACAUCAUCAGCAACUUUUGAAAACUUCAGGCUUGUUUGCAUUUAGAAGUCUCCCAGAAGAUACAUGGAAUUUAUCAUCCAGCAGUACAUCAGUAUGCCCGGAUUGGGGAAGAAAAAUGUCCUGACUGAAUUUUUUUGCAAGUAGACGGGGAUAAAAAUAAUCAUGUUUCAUAAGUGCCUGAGCUAAUCGAGUUUUCUUCUGGACAUACAACGUUGCACAAGAGCAUAGAGGUUGGGUUAAGAAAGGAAAGGGACAGAAAUCUUGCUUUAGGCUGCAGACGUUUCAUGCAAUUCCGGAGAAGAAUAUUCUCUGGCCAAAAGGAUUGCUGAAAAUAAUUUUCAGGUUGAAAGACCUAGUUUUAUCUUACUUAGUUUGCUUUCUUUGUACAGACUUGCCAAGUGGUGACAUUUAGCAGUGCAUUGGUAGAAGCAGUCAUUCCAUCAGUGCCCAGAUUAACAAGCAUUUCUGUCCUGCUUGCAAGUUUCCAGAUCUGGUGCUGCUUUAUGUGAACCUUACUUUAUAUAGUGCACCUAGAAGCAUUUGCCUACUGUGUGCCCACUGGAAGUUAUUUGAUACAUGCCACCUUGAAAACUCUCCAGUUUGCAAGAGUUUGGAAUAAUUUAUUUAGUUUAUUUUGGACUACUUUUAUAUGUUUAUCCUCCUCACUUUCUCCUAGUAACAUCUAAUAUCUAUUCUUGUCACCUUUUGGGAGAAGUUGCAUUUCUGGAGGUGAGACAGGGGGUGAACAUUGAGAAGAGAAAACCAGGAUUCUUAAAUGCUCUUUAUCAAGUUAGUGGUUGAGUAUGAUCCUGAAUCAAGAUGAAUGUAUUCAGAGAGAUGUAUAUUAAUUAUUUUUGUCCAUACCUAGACUAGUGCUACAUAAUGGUGUUUUAGUUUUGUUUUCGUGUGGUUUUUUUUUUUGCUUUUGCUUUAUGACCUAAAAUAAUCUCUUAAUACAUUGAAAUCAAGCACCUGAGAUUUUGUUUGAAAGUUAAAGACACAGCAUGUAUUAUGCACUUCAUUUCUUUGCUGUGUGGAGAAAGCAAUAAACGUGAGAAUGUUAAACAUUAUGCAAAAUUAUACUUUUAAAUGUUUGUUUUAAAAAUACUGUACCUAGUCUUGUUUGCAUUACUUUGUAACCUUUUUCUAUGCAAAAGUCUUUACAUAUCACUAAUUAAAUG